UCUUUGUCUCACCAUGUCAUUUAUAUUUUGUUUUGAUUUGCCGUUUUGAUAUUGAUUUAUACAGUUGUUAUUCCCAGCUAAAUGUAUUUCUUGUCGGCUGUAAACUAAUUGAUUUCUUUAGUCAUCCACCGCAAACGACUGUACGAGACAAAUAGAGAUGACAGUGAUAAGAAGUCCCAGCUUGCAUUCUCAGGGACAUAUCUUUCAACCUGAUCUUUUCUCUAUUCAAUGCCUCUCUGAGAAAGUUCAAGAACAACUAAGCCAUUUUCUUUUAGUUUUCUGUUGUCUCCCAGUGUGAACACUGUGCUGUUUGAAUUUCGACUUUAACCUUAACUGUGCGUGGGGCAGUUCUAUAAUCGUAAGCAUGUUUACAGUGUAAACAUGGGGGUUGUGUGUUUUAUUUGAUCGAAAGUCAGCAGUUUACUCGAAUAUAUCCCUCAUAGAGUUUAUUAUAUCAAUUUGGACCUCUCCUGUUGAGCGAUGCUGUAGGUUACAUUCAAUCUAAAGCAAAUGCAUGAUAUGUACUUUGGAGGGAGGCUAUAGGGAGUCAUUUGUGGCCCUCUGUGUGUAAUGGCUGCAGGGCAUUUCAGCAGAUGCUGCUCAUUGGUUAUAUGAGAGCACAACGGUAACACAACAAACCGUAGACAGGUGUGUUUCACAGCCACACCAGAGUUUUCCCUGUAAAGUUUUCCUCCACAAUACUGAUUUUAUUUUCAGGUUUAAGUCAUGUUUGGCAUCAACGGACUCAAGUGCACACAUGUAGUACGAAGGGUGAUUCUCUGGGUUUUAUUGACCAACAUCACGCUGCUGCUCUACUGCUUGACAAAACCCAACCAAGUGAAGAUGAGGGACUCCCAAGAAGACACGUGUCCACACAGAAUGGCCAAAAUAUUAAAGGUAAAUGUGACCAGGCCUUCUCAACGAAGCAAACCCAAUUCAGACGAGUGCCACCCUGCAGCCAACAUCAUGUUCAUGAAGACCCAUAAAACUGCCAGUAGCACCAUGCUCAACAUCCUCUUCAGAUUUGGAGAAAAGCACAAGCUCAAGUUUGCCUUCCCCGAUGGGCGCAAUGACUUCCUCUACCCAUCGCCUUUCCAGUGCUCCCAGGUGAAGGACUACAGGCCUGGAGAUUGUUUCAACAUUGUUUGCAACCACAUGCGCUUUGAGCCCCGAGAAGUAUCCAAGCUCCUGCCUCCAGAUGCUGCCUACAUCACCAUCUUACGAGACCCGGUGGAUCUCUUUGAGUCGUCCUUCCACUAUUAUCACAGGGCGGUUCCUCUCACAUGGAGUAUCCCCGGAGAGAACAAGCUGGUGGAGUUUCUGAAGAAUCCUCAGGCGUUCUACAGCCCGGAUGCCUACAACUCAUUCUACCUUAAAAACCUGCUCUUCUUUGACUUUGGUCUUGAUAACAACGUUGAAGCUAAUGAUACUAGUGUGAUGAGGGGUAUUCAUUACUUAUCCAAAUAUUUACAUUUGGUCCUCAUAGCAGAAUACUUUGAGGAGUCUCUUAUCCUGUUAAAGCAUAAGCUGUGUUGGAGCACAGAGGACAUUUUAUAUUUUAAACUCAACUCUCGCAAGAGUUCAUCUGUAUCUAAACUGAGCCCUGAGGUCAGAGCCAAAGCGUUGGAGUGGAACGGGGCUGACUGGAGACUCUAUCAGCACUUCAAUGCCACCUUCUGGGCCAGAGUGGAGUCCUUUGGGAAGCUCAGAAUGAAACAGGAGGUAGCUGAGCUGAGGAGGAGAAAUGCAGAGAUGGAGGCUAUUUGUAUCGAGGGAGGGAAUCCAGUCGAAGCCCAGAACAUUCAGGACAGUCGUUUCCUGCCCUGGCAGCCGGUCGGAGAGUCCUCCAUCCUUGGGUACAACAUGAAGAACGAUAUCGAUCCCAAAUUCAGGACACUGUGUGAAAAAAUGCUCACACCUGAGAUCCAGUACCUGUCAGACCUGGGUGUGAGUCUGUGGCUCACUCGACUAUGGGGUUGGGUAAAAGAUACUGUUUCUACAUUUGACUGGAACUGACACAUUUACUAAAAUACAGCAAUCAUGCGACAUGUACAUUUGAUUCCUAUUGUAACAAAUGUUUUCCUGUUAUUCAAGUAGUUUGCAAGUUUUCUUCUGAACGAUACCUCCAUGUUACUUAUCACCUCCGAUGCCCUCACUCAUCAGCUACUGACCCUCAACUGCUUCUCACCUUUCGUUUGUCUAUUUGGAAAUUGUGCAUUAUUUUGAAACUAACCUUUGUUUUUCACUGCAAGUCUAAAUGUUUCUGAACGAAGUAUAUAUAGUUCAUAGCAUAUAACAUACUUUUUUUUGCAUUUAUGGUGCAAAUUUAAUGUUGAGCCAACAUUGAGAAUAGGGUGUGACGACUACCACCUAGCCCUUGGCUGUUUGCUGUUUAGUAGCGUUAGUGUGCCAUGUAAAGGCGUGAGACUUUAUAGGAGUCAUUUGUGUUGCAUUUGAAUAGUUGUGGCCUAGCUUGACCCUGUUGCUGUGGUUAAUAUAUCAUUAUUGUUUAAAGUAUUAAUAGUUACAUAAAAAGCAAAAAACUCAAAUUCAUGUAUGAGAUAUUCAGUUUGGCAGCUUUCCAUAAAACCUCACCUCAAUAAAAGGUUACAAAAGA